AUGGACUCCGAAAACAGAACACCAGCGACGUGCCUAUGAGGACGGUGCUCGCGGCGGUGUUGUAGACGUACUGUCAUAUCAGUAUCACCCAUCCUGUACUAGUCAUGUAUGGAUUAGAGUAGGAGGUGUAGGUACCUCUUCACUGAAUGGAUGCGUCAUGCUAUAAUAUAGGCGACAUGACAUGGCAUACUAUCAUUAUCAACCAUGUAUGGAGCUCCGAAGCGCACUAACCCGUUCGUGUACCAACCAUGUAUGGAGCUCCGAAGCGCACUAACCCCUUCGUGCCUGUAGUACCACUCGCCUCUUCACCAGGAUUGCAGCCUGGUCCGCCCUUGCGCGUUCCGAAUCUGUUCACUGGAACUUCUUCCGGCAGUCGCGCCGUUUUUGAUCGGGGGGAAAGCGGAUUUUCACCAUCUGCUUACCAUCCUAGCAUCGGGUCUCCAUCACACGCCGGGAUCAAGUUCCUUGGUGUCGGAGGCACUCGUCAGGGCCUGCGAUCUCCCAUACAAGAACGAGGGGCCGGUGUUGAUCGUUUAAGCUCUGUCCUCCCGGAUAGUUUCUACGAACGAGACUCGAAUCAGAACUGCUUCGUCGACGCGCCAGGUGGUAGGAACAAAAACGUAGAGGAUCAACCCAAAUCCUUUGGGGAGAUCAUAGAUGAAGAUGAACCGCAUCGGGCUCUGGAAAAGAGCCUAUGCCUAGAGGGCGUCAAUACAUCGCCAGCGCCUUCGCAAUUAAAAGCUGCAAGACACCAGCAGAACACGAGGAAGCCUCAUCGUAUUCAGGGACGAACUGCAGGGACACCCUCAGGGCGAACUUCAGGAACGCCUCAUCGUAUUCAGCAGAAUCAUGCGCACGCUCCUUCGCGACAAUCACAAUUAUACGGCGGUCACGUACAACAAUCACAAUUAUACGACAAUCACAAUUAUACUGCGGUCACCAGCUACUUAGUACAAGAACCACGUAAUCUUCGACUCUAAUAACAUGCUAAAAGAAGUUCAGCUAACGAGAAGAUAGGGCGUUAAACCGAGCUAUACAACAUACGUGCAGUCUCGGAAUUUGUAAUCGGGUGUUAUAAAAACUAAUAUUAGAAUCUGAGACAACUUCUCCUGUUAAACUACUGGUCGAGAUGUGGGGACGAGAUGGAACCAAGUCGACUCUAACAACACGAUCUUCGAGGACACCGAAUAAGCUUUGACUCCGUGCCUGACGAGUACUCUCCAGUGAAGCUACACGGUGGAGGACGUGCUAGUAUCCGCACAAAAAUGCCGCGGUGUGAAGAGCUAACUGACGACGAGCACCUCACCUAUGGAAAUCUUAUGACGAGGCGUGAUUAUGACAAAGACGAUGUGCGUCCUAGUUAUGAUGUGGUUCAGCUUUAGGUGGUUACAUCUUCCACUCUUGCUAUCUCACAUGUUAUAGUGUUAGUUUCACAUGUUAGUGUUAAGUAGUUUUUUCAAGAGUCUUACCUUCUCCAGUUAGAGUCCUAGCUGUCAUCUUCUACAGGGUAGCGAUAGCAUAAACGACAAUGUAUGACUCCAAGACUUUACUGUGAGACGUAUUCAUAAUUAUAUAAAUAUAUUGACUUAAACUAACACUACAAUCUAGAAUACUUCAUCUCUUUCUUUAAAUUGACUUUCAUACUACGAUGGCCGCAUGAGCAGCUGACUCUUGGGAAAGGGAAACUGCUGGGCAGAGGCGGCUGUGCGCUAGUAUGGCAAGGCCUUCGAGGACCAGGCGACGACGAAUGUCGGUUUGCUGUCAAACAGGUUCGACCAUGCGAGUCGUGCUAGUCUCAUUUGCAUUUGGUAUAAAGAAUAGAAGACGUUGCACUACAACAGUGGGAAGAUGCUGUAGAUCUUUUUGUUGUCGAACUCGAAUAGAUUGAUCCACUGUACAUCAACAUAUCACACGAUAACCACGACGACGCCCUCUUCACCCAUCAGGUUGCGAAGCAGCAACUGCAGCGCGGAGAGCUAGUUCCGGUGAAAGCCGGCCAGCUACAAGGCCUACUCCAAGAACUGGAGAUACUGCAACGCCUGACAGGUGUAGGAGAUCAUGACCACAACAGUCGUGGAGGAUCAUCUCCUUCUUCCGUUACGCAGGGUUGCUUCACCUUUCUAAAUACGAGCAUGUCUAGCUCUAGGCCUCUGAUCCCAAGAAGAAAAGGGAUAUUCUUGGAUAUGCGAGAGUUGUUCUCCAUUUGCCUUGCUCUUGCUCUUAUAAUUAUACAUAGUAAUAUGCGUCGUGCUCGUCCCAAUAGAUAUAAGUAUAGUAUAAUGCGUGCUGCUCCCAAUGAAUAGAUAUAAGUACUUAUGCGGGACGAUCAACGUCAAUUCCAUUUUGGCAGCAGGUCAACUUUCUUCAAAUUCUAAAAAUUCUGGCAGUCGCCACGUCGUUCGCCUAGAGGCGUUUGUGGAAGGCAAAACAGACCUGUGGAUCGUCAUGGAAGACGGAGGCGCGCCAAUUUCCAAGAGCCUGUUUUUAAGGCUCAAAAGAACCUGACUCCACGUUAAUCUUUUUGAGGUCAAAGUGAAUGUUCUAAUUUUUGAGGUCAAAGGAGAGUUUGUGAACUCUGCUAGAGUCUAUCGCGUUAACCACGGUCCGCUGAUGCAGCGCAUGCGACUUCCAAAAGUUAAGGCUGAAGACAAGAACAUCGUCUACAACUAUCAUAUUAAAUGAUCAUCCGGGGAACUACUUUAUGAUAAUACUUAAGUAGCAUCCUUGACAGCACCAAGGGGAAAUAUGGUCAAAGCUGCUCUUGCUCGUCUUUUUGCAAGAUGUAGAAGGAAGUAGUCUAUUCUUAACCCGUGGAGUGGGUACAUUCAUUCAUUCAUACAUAUACAUGCCUGCAUAGGGCGGAGUGUCAAGGUCUAAAAAGGACGACAACUUCUUCCUCCGAGACUACUUUCGCCAGAUGCUUUCUGCUUUCGCCUUUUUAGCAAGUGAAGGAAUCAUUCACGCAGACGUGAAACCGGAAAACAUCCUUCUGUCUUCAACCGACGGGCGUUUACGGCUGUGCGACUUCGGCAGUGCUUGGGUGGUACCUAUGAUUGUUACUGGUGAAGGAAUAGAAGAUGAAGAUUAUUAUAUCCACUAUCGUCUAAAACUCACUCCAUCAGUAUCAAUACUCAUGAUUUCAGUCCUCCACCUUUGCAGAGUUGAACUGAGAAAACUUGAAUUUCUAUUGCUUUUAUAUUUUUUUCUUUAUUAACCUCAAGGAAUUUCAACUUAUCAUGAUGAUCAUUAAUGUGCACCACCACGACCAUGACAUCCAUCCACCAGCACUACUUCAUGAUGAUCAAACUCCUUCUCCAUCUCCUCAUCUUCGAGGAAAUGAAAAUUUCCAUACAACUUAUUCUCUUUCUCUCUAGGCUAUGAAAAUUUCCAUACAAGUUGUUCUCGCUCAGGUUGGUGAGACAGCGGCUUGUUUUCCUCUUUAGGCUAUCCCUUCAUGCAACUUAUUCCCUCUCAGGUUGGUGAGACAGCGGCUUCCUCGGCUGUGGGAACUCCAGAGUACAUGGCGCCUGAGAUCUUAGACAAGCAAAUCAACUGGAGCACUGGCGGUAGUGGGAAUGGUGCUCCCAUGAGCACUGCGCAACGACUCCGAAAUCGGCGUGGUAGCUUAGAUGAAGUCUUAGGAAAUUUGAUCGCUUCUGGACGCGCAAGCCCUAGUGCCAGUACUGCAGCCUCCAGUUCGCGCUCUUCGCGAGCCGGGAGCAAAGCGAAGGCUGGCGGUAUAGCUGCGGGGACGACCUAUAGUUAAGGCGUGAUGUAGGUCCCGCGACGCUCAACAAAGCACAUAGAGUAAGUAAACAAGGCGGGUAGUUUUCCUAUCCCUCGUUGGUUCGGAUGUAUUUCUUAGUCCCUAAAUAGGCUAUUAGCAAAAUACUAGAUGAUAUUUGAAUGCAUCCCUGAAAAAUGUGGGUGAGCCUUUUUCAAGGCUACAACUGUAUUAUGCAGAGGUCUAAUGUAGCGGAGGUACAGCUCCGCGAGAAACCUACGGGACGCUUAGGGAAAAGAUAAAUCGCAUGGGCACAGGGACAGAUCAAACUUAUGGUCUUGAUGUUGGAGUGAACAAAAAUGCUGGUGAAGUUAAUUUUUCUCUAUCUCAUCAAGCGAAACUACUAUUUAAUUUCUUAUACAACAUAUUUCAGGUUCAAACAGGAGUUCCGGUUCCUCCUAUCCUCUUCCUUCAUUCAAUCCGCAAGGCACAUGCAUCCGUGCCGCGUGGUGGGAGUGCCGAGUUCCCGCCGCAACAACUAGCAAUGCUUCUUGCCGACUCGGAGCAUAUGAGGAAUCGGUCUGCGGACCCUGGUGCAGAAGUAGGAGAGGGAGACCACGUGCCAAAUGAUGCAAGAAACCCACAGCAGUUAAGGGUUGAAACAUUUCAUUUCUACACAUCAUUUCUUUUCUGUUUUCCUAUUAAUUUGAAUACUGAGAAAAUGAAGAUGCACCUAACAAGAAGUGAAAUGCUUGAAACCUUUAAAUCAGGAGCCUGCUCCUGUAGGAGGUGCGGCAUCUAGUAGAACUGCUACGUCAACAAGUGACGACUCGUCCUGUUUUGCGCAGGACUUGUGGGCCUUGGGCAUGAUACUGCUGGAAGUGUGCCAUGGCGUGCCUCUGUGGCUGGGCUACGAAUGCUGCGUCGGAACCUCACGGACGCAGGGACUCCUAGGCGCAGGCGGUCGAGAUUACAAGAAGAUACGAGCGAAACAGACAAAGGUGUUGAAAAAUCUACAGCCUUUACUCAAAAACCAGUCUUUUGGAGUGCAACUUGCGACUGUGCGCGACGGCGUAGAAUUUCUGCAAUCGUUGCUUCGUGUCGACCCGCGAGCCCGCAUUUCGGCCAGAGAAGCGCUCAGACAUCCCUUCAUCACAGGGGGAUGUUGAGGGAGUGGCGACUGUUGUAUACCAAAAGAACAAAGUCUCUACUAAAAGUAAGUAGAAGUAGCGUUGAAGCACAUGCGGAUCUUCUUGGUUCUAAACGAUGCUAGGAACGCCAUUUACCUUCGAAAGUAUCCCCAACUUAUGUCUCGCGGCAUCAUCUUAACCAUGGUUUAUUAUUCUAUUCCAGUCGAUUCUGAUUUUCUUUUCAACUAUAAUUCUGGCAAAAAAUGGCUUCGUUUUCUCGUAUAAUCCAAUUAUGUGACAACACCAAGGUACAAUGAAAUGGAAAAAUAAUCCACCCGCAACAGGACUGAAACUGAAUAAAAGUGCAAAAUGCACUGGACGUAUUUUUAUUUUUAGUGCGGAAGGUAUUAUGAUGUUGAAAUUAAAAACAGUCCUCUUGUUGCCAGUCGCUCGCGACGGCUUAAUCUUACAAAACACAGUUACUGCUACAGCGGAUGCAACGUCUGCGUAACAAAAACAAAAACAAAACGCGAAAAAAACUUCGCCUGUGGCACAAGAAAAAAGAAGGGUGUACUACUAAAC